AUGCUAGCAGCAUCCCGCCAGCUUGGGCGCAUAGACUAUGCUUGCAAUGCCGCAGGAAUUUUAUUUCCUGGUCCGACGGAUGAAGUAUCGGUUGCUUCUUUUGACCUCCAGCAGCGCGUGAAUCUGAGGGGAACGUGGCUCUGCCAAAGAGCCCAGAUCAAGCAGAUGCUUCAGCAAGACCAUAUCAAAGCAGAGGAUAGUAACUUCCCGGCUAGAGGGUCAGUCGCCAACGUCGCUUCUAUGUGCGCCUUGAUGGCCUAUGACCAUCUUCCCGCUUACACAGCUAGUAAGCACGCUAUCCUGGGAUUCACGAGGUCCGAUGGCCUUCGCUAUGCAAAGCAUGGCAUUCGGGUCAACGCCAUCUGUCCUGGUGUUAUUAGAACAUCCAUUCUUAGUGAUGUCCCUGAUAAAGAUGUGGGUCUUGAUGUCCAGGGGAUGGUGAGUGGCAUGGCGGCCGGAAGACUUGGAACUCCCGAGGAGGUUGCGGAGUGUCUCGUUUGGGUCACAAGCGGCAGAGCAAGCUUCGUGACUGCUAGCACUAUCGCUCCGAAUGGAGGUAGGUUGCAUGAGAUAAACCAAACGGCUUUUGACGUAAUAAAAACUGAUGGAUAUCCAGGUAUGAUUGGCGCUUGA